AGAGAGGCAUCUUCACAUUCUUUCAUCAUGUUCUUUAAGCUACUUUAAUUAAAGAUUAAUGAAAGAAGAAAGGAAUUACGAAUAUGAUUAUCCCAUUGAAUUGCUGAUAACAAUAUAAUCUCUUUUCGUCUAGACUAAAUGCCCCAAACAUUUGUGAAGAGCUCAAGUUCCAACAAGGAUCUCUAGCCAGCAAAUUUGGAGCUUUAGAUAAAGAGGAAUGUCAUCAACAACGAGGGAAAGUUCAAGAGCUGUAAGAGAGGCUUCUUGCAAUGGGAUUGUACGCCGGAUGGUGAGUCUGCCUCGGAGUAUUAUCGGAGGAUUUUCAAGAGUAAUGGGUCAUAGUAUAGGUCGAAUAGGAAUAGGAUCAGGAAGAAGAGAUCAUAAUCUAGCAUUAGACUUUCAACUGCAAACUCCACAAGAACCCCUAAUUGUACCAGAAGAGUGGACCUUUCUAGACACUUUUGAGCAGCAAUAUGGCUCCACUCAUCCUUUCUUCUAUGCUUGCCAUUUCAUGGAUGCUUUAAAGAUAGCAGAGAAUGAGCACAAGUUUGUGUUCUUGUAUCUCCACUCGCCCCACCACCCUUUCACUCCCUCUUUCUGUAGGGAGACUCUAUGUUCAGAAUUAGUGGUACAGUUUCUUGAUGCAAACUUUGUUUGCUGGGGAGCACUUGCAGAUAAAGGAGAAGGUUUGCAGAUGGCUGCAACCUUGCAACCUCCGAGCUUUCCGUGCUGCGCGGUAGUGGCUCCGGCUGCUGGUAAUAACUUAGCAGUGCUGCAAAUGAUGGAAGGGCCAAUUUCCCCAGCAGAGUUGGUGGAGAUUCUGCAGAGGACAGUAGAGGAACAAGGAUCAGCCUUUGGCAAUCCAAGAGCAAACCAAGAGGAGAAGAUUAGAGCAAAGGCCAAGGAAGAAGAGAAGAUAAGAGCAGAUCGUCAACUUAGAGAAGAACAAGACGCAGCUUAUCUUACAGCUCUGAAGAUAGAUAAGGAGAAGGAAAAAUCCAAGAACUUGCCUCCAGAGCAAAAGACUCAGGGACCAAUUCAUACUUUCCCUUCAAAUAAAGUAGAUUAUGAGAAGCCUCGGCGCAAUCAAACACAGAAGCAAUACUACGGUAAAGCCAAAGAAGCUCCCACUAUUAGAGAAACUCAAUUUAAAGAAACUGCUACUCGGUCUAAGGAUCCUCAAUUAUCACAGAUUUUGAUACGGUUUCCGAACGGUGAAAGAAGAGAACAGAGUUUCUUCUGCUCAGAUAAGGUCCAGUCAAUCUACAAAUACAUUGAUUCAUUAGGCCUGCCUGGCAUUGUCAACUAUAGAUUGAUAUCAAGCUUCCCCAGAAGAAUCUAUGGUGUCGAUCAGAUGGGAAUGACACUUAAGGAUGCUGGACUCCACCCUAAAGCAACCCUUUUCCUAGAGCUUCUGUAGUACAAGUUCUUGCACACCUGUAUGGAAAUGACAAAAUAAUUAAAACUUGUUUAGCAAUAAUUAGCAUCCCAUUUAUGUCAUAUAUCUUGCUUUUUAAUCUAAAGGAUUUGCGUUAUCAUCCGAAGGAAA